AUGGCCGCGAAGCCCCCGACCGGCCUCCUGGCCGCCCUGCGCUGGUCGCAGCCUGCAGCCCGCCUGCCCCGACACGCGCCCGCACUCCGACGAGCCCCCCAAGCCCGGUCCUCCCGACUCUACUCGACGACCGACGACGCGCCGCCGCCCUUCUUGUCAAAGCUCAAGGCCGACCUCAAGACGGCGAUGCGCGCCAAGGACGCCCCGCGGCUGUCCGUCCUGCGCGCCAUCAUGUCGGCCAACCUCAACGCCUCCAAGACGGCGACGCCCAUCAAGACGGACGUGCAGCUCGUCGCCCUGAUACGCAAGAUCCAGAAGAGCGCGCUCGACGCCGCCGCCGAGGCGCAGGCCGCGGGCCGCCAGGACCUCGUCGACAAGGAGAACGAGCAGGCGCGCAUCCUCGACGGGUACCUCGCCGACAGCGGCGUGCAGUCGCUGGGCGAGGCGGAGCUCAAGGCCCUGGUGCAGGAUGCCGUCAAGGCGUCCAGGGCUGCGGGCACGGCGGCCAAGUCGCUCAUGGGGGAUGUCAUGAAGCGCCUGGCGGGUGCGCUCGAGGGGAAGGACGUGGAUAGGAAGCAGGUGGCUAGCCUGGUCAAGGAGCUGACCAGCCAGUAG